GGGUCGCCACCAUCUGGACCAAAAUCUCACCCUGACGGGAUACGAAUUAACUACUGGAAAUGAAAUUCCAGCUGACAACCGUUUAACUGUCAUUCAAAAUAAUAAACACAUUUCUGACUGAAUUUUAUAUUGUUAAUCGCAGGUAGAUAACGCACUUAAUAAACCGGAGAUCUUCAAACGAUCGAAAAGUUAUUCAAGAUUGAUUAAAAUCUGACGAGGUCUUCAUCAUGGAUUCGGAUAUUGAACAGAUUCACGAACUCAUUGUUGAUAUGAACUAUCCAAUUACUGUAGCUGACUUGAAAAAUCCGACUUCGGAAUGUAUGUCAAAAAUUAUGUUGACAUUUCUCUCGAGACUUUCGAUCGAUGGGAAAACGAUACAGAGGGCUACAUUUGAACAAGAUCAAUAUUUAUCCUACCCAGAGGUUUACUAUGAUAUCAUAAGUUUGAUAAAUUUGCACACCGUAAUGUCAAAAAUAUGUGAUCACAUAUUUAUAAAAGAUUUUUUCUUCACCGAUAUGACUAACCCGGGUGCCAAAAAAGUUCGAAGAUUAAUUCGGACGCUUCUGAACUUUGAUCUAUAUUAUACUAAUAAAAUGGAAGAACUGAUAGAACCUCUAGAGGCAAUAUUCGGUAGAGUGAAUACCGUCGAUGAUCUAAGAGAGAAAAAGAAGCAAGUUAUGGAACUUCGCACGCAGAUCGUACUUGAAAAUUCCAAGAAACUAGCUUUGAAGGAAAAACUUUUAAAAGAACUAGAAGAGAUCAAAAACCGACUGGGUGGAAUAGAUAAAAAAAUUCACUCUCAAGAAAAGAGAGUACAAAAUGCCAAGCAUGCCUUGCUGACUGUACAACAAGAAAAUGGAGAGAUCGAACAACAAGUUUCAAAGUUGACACAAAGAACAACUGAGAUGGAGUCGACGGUUGUGAAUUCACCAGAAGAGUACAAAGCUCAACUGACCAAUUAUCAGCAGGAAUAUGACUUGAAAACUGAAAACAUACGAAUAAUCGUUGAUAAAAUUCGAGAUAAACGAGAACUCAUUGCCCUGGUAGAAAAAGUAACGCAAUUUGUAAACCAAGAGUUUCAGAAAUUCGGUAAAGUACGAGAUGCACGUCUUGAGAUUGAAUCGCUGCUCAAAUUAAAGGGAGAGUUAACAAACCGAAUAGACGAAAUAAAGUCUACAAUGGAGAAGUUAACCAAUGAUAUGGAUAACACAAAUGAUGAUGGCCGAUGCAAUUCAGAUAAAAUUGAUAAACUACACGCUCAAUGCGAGGAAAAACUUGCUCCUCUUCGUGAAAUGCAUGGGAUAUUCACUGACCGAAUUCGUAAUGAACAGGAAAAAUUGAAGGAAGUCGAGUUACGGUCUCAUCGAAUAUGUUGUGAGAAAGAACAAGCUAACGAAGUUAUUUCAAACGUUGAAAAAGAAACUAUUCAAUUUCUAAAGGAGUGUCAAGACCUCUACAGAAACGAUCUGGAGAAGGAAAUCGAGAUUCAAAAUAUUUGGAAAUCGAAACACCAUAAGAAUUAAUUCAUUAGAAUUACUACUAAAUUUAGGUAAUAGAUUUUUGUACUUUUUCUUACCAAAUAAUUGGGAUAAACAGUCCUAGAUUCUAUAUUCAUU